AUGUUGGCUUGUGGUUUGUACGAGUCCAUGAAGCACUCCUUGCAGUAUUUCUUCACUCAAACAACUGGAGUCCAGAGCAUCCCUGAGUUUGUGGCUGUUGCCCUUUUUGAUGGAGUUCAGGGAGGUUACUAUGAUAGCAGCACAAAAAGAGCAGAACCCAAAAGAGAAUGGAUUAAAAAGCUCAUGAAGGAUGAUCCUCAGCACCUGCAGUGGUACACUGAUCAAUCUUUGCACACCAAUGAGGUUUUCAAACAUUACAUUUGGAGUUUAAGGCAACGUUUCAACCAAACUGGAGGUGUUCAUAUUUUGCAGAGUAUGAAUGGCUGUGAAUGGGAUGAUGAGACUGGAGAGGUUAAUGGGUUCAUUCAGUACGGUUAUGAUGGAGAAGAUUUUAUAGCAUUGGACCUGCAGAAACUGACAUGGAUCACUGCAAAACCACAGGCUGUCAUCAUCAAACUGAGAUGGGAUACUGAAAAAACUCGAUUAGAACACAAUAAAGAACUUUUCAUCCAUAAAUGUCCUGAGCUUUUAAAGAACUAUUUGCAGUAUGGGAGGAGCUUUUUGCAGACAGCAGUUCUUCCUUCAGUGUCUCUCCUCCAGAAGACUCCCUCCUCUCCAGUCAGCUGCCACGCUACAGGUUUCUAUCCUGACAGAGCUGUGAUGUUCUGGAGGAAAGAUGGAGAGGAGACUCAUGAAGGUGUGCAUCACACAGAGAGCCUCCCCAACAAUGAUGGGACCUUCCAGAUGAGUGUUGAUUUGAAACUUUCAGUCACACCUGAAGACUGGGAGAGGUACGGCUGUGUGUUUCAGCUCUCUGGUGUGAACGAGUACAUCGUCACCAAACCGGACAAAACAGCGAUCAGGACCAACUGGGAGAAGCCCGCUGACAUCAGAGCUACAGUGGUUGUUCUAGCGAUCGUCCUCAUUGCAGCUGUUGCAGCUGGGGCAGCUGUGGUGUUUGUUGCUUACAAAAGAAAGAACGCUCCUGCCAAUGUCUCUGAACAGUCUGAGAGACUAAAUCCACAAACGUGACCGUCCUUCAAGCUGUUCUGUGCUCCACUCUCUGUAUGACUUUACUCUGGCUGUUUCAGUUCUUCCACAGUUUAAAGUUUUACAUGUUGUAUGCAGUAGUUAUUAAAAUUCCCAACAGGUAACAUGAUACAUCUUACAGAAGCUUUUUUGUUGUUUAUUUGUUGUUUAUGUUAAUGGCAUACACUGCAAAAAAUGUGCCUCAAGUGAAGCUCAAAGAUUAAUAUAGAAUCACUUCAAAAAUAUAAUUUAUCUUGGUUCAUUUACAUUUAGGGUUGUAACCUCUUCUGAAAUGUUUAUGUAUUUAUUCUUACCCCCCUUUAUUAAAUCUAUUGUAUAAUAAGCAAUUAACUACAUGAAUAAUCUUUUCAUGUAAUAAAUGGAUAAUUAAACACUUAGAAACACUUCCUACUCAGUUUUGAUGAUAUUAUUCUUCUUUCUCUAUGUCUUUCACACAUAAACCAGAAGAACUGUUGACAGCUGCACUAUGUACUGAAACACAUGUACUAUUAUACCUGCUUACAAUGUUAUGUGUAGAAGGCCCCUAUAUAUGGGGCUGAUUACAUAUGGAAAGAAGUAUUUCUCAA